CAUCCAUUCACUUCGCUAUCUCUAACUGUGUAUAAGUUUUUAAAUUGAGAACCAGUGAAGCAAUCAAUGAAUUCUUUUGCCUUUCAUUCCUCACUACAGAUACCUUCUUAUUAUUCCUCUCCGAGAGUUGCCCUCAGAAGCUGUUCUCUUCUUCCUCUCACUCUUCACAUACUUUUCAAGUGUUGUUCAGAGAAUACACAGCACUAUAAGCAACAGUGAAGGAGACGAUUGAGAAAUACAGUGAUAUACGCAUAGAAAAUGAUCCGAAACGACGAUAUUAUUGAGGAUUUUGUGCCAACAGAACACUAUUCAAUGCAUUCGGUGCCCAAUAUUAUACAUAAUGGCAAUGAAUUCAAUGAAUUCCCAAUUAAUCGCCAAAUAUUAGACAACAAUUGUGAGCAACAAAACUGCGAGACGUUUGCCAACCCAAGCGAUGAGCGCAAUGUUUCGGCCAAUCAUUUAAAUUCAAUACGUGUUCACGAAAUUGGAUUUUACGGCUGGAGAAAGAAAUGUUUAUAUUUUUUCGUAUUGUUAGUAACGGUGGCCGUUGUCAUCAACGCAGCCCUAACCCUAUGGAUCAUCGCUGUCCUCAGCUUCUCAAUGGAGGGCAUCGGAAAGCUUAGGAUACAGUCAACUGGUUUACAGUUGUCGGGAGAGGCCUUACUUCUGGAUAACGUCUAUGCAGGUGCUAUUCGCUCAACACAGGAUCAGAGCCUUAGAAUACAAUCGGAUAAUAGCAUUAUAAUGAAUGCCAGACAUACAAAUAGUAAUAGCAAUGUAUUAUCAAAUCGAUUAUUUGUGGCCAACGAUAGAGUCAAUGGUAUUGCAAAUCAAUUUGUCGUCAAGAGUCCUGACGGAAGGCUACUGUUCUUAGUUAGUGAUAAAAAUGUUGUCGUCGCUACUGAUAAGCUGAGGGUCAAC